GUUCUAAGUCAGCGCGCGCGUUCUUCUACAGCGCCUGGUACCACCGAACUAGCUACCUUAAAUAACUACCUGCGCCUCAAUCCUUUUUCGAUUUUCGACUCGGACACAAAAAGUACCACCCGACGGUACUGUUUUCGUCUAUUCAGUUAUUGCGGUUUGUCCGGUAAUUCCUAGACCAUUGUUGAUUCGUUUCGGAUAAGUAUAUAGUGUUUUUAGUGAUAUGGACUUUUACGCGAUGGAAUUUAAAAGGAUUUAGAGAAUGUUGUUUCUUAUGGAAUAGGAAUCAUGCCAGAAACAGCCACAACGUCAACGAUAGAGGAACGUCCUCUGGCAUUGUCCAGACGUGAUUUUCCUCUACCUUCACCUGGAGGUUCUAAUAGGUCGUCUUCAGGCAGUAGAUAUGAAGGACAGAUACCUUAUCAUCAUCAAGUUCCAUUGGCACCCACAAUGAGUCACCACAGAGAAACUUCAGCAUUCGUCCCAGUGGUACCUUCAAGAAACAUGCCUCACCCGAUGCUUUAUCCAGCCGACAUCCAUCCGCUCCUGAGCCUGGAAAACCGGGACAGAAACCCGGACGGAAGCAAAAAUCCCGAGCCGCCAGCUGCAAUGCGCAAGUCCGCCUCGUCUUUUGACCUGAUGGCCAUGAUGGCCGACAAGCGCAAAGAGUUGCAGCUGCGCGAAGAAGCCGCAUGCGUGGCUGCGGCUCACGCAGCCGCCCUGAUGUUGCCGCACCGGCCGCCAGGACCGCCCGGCGCAAUUAUGGAAUCGCAAGGCGGGCAGCAGCAGCACGGGUAUCCGGGGUUUUUGCCCGGCAGUCCGGCUAACGCUGGGACUUUUAGUUUUCCAGGCGGCGGGUCACUAUUUCCACCAGGUCCUCCACAAAUGCACGCCCACUUGGACAGAAGAUUACUAAGAGCCCCAGGAAGGGCCUCGCGACCGAAAAAACAAUUCAUCUGCAAAUUCUGCAACAGACAAUUCACAAAAAGCUACAAUUUGCUAAUCCACGAAAGAACCCAUACAGACGAGAGACCUUACAGCUGCGACAUUUGCGGCAAGGCUUUCAGAAGACAGGACCAUUUGAGAGAUCAUAGAUACAUUCAUUCAAAAGAAAAACCGUUCAAAUGCAACGAGUGCGGCAAAGGGUUUUGCCAGUCAAGGACUUUGGCGGUACACAAGAUUUUGCACAUGGAAGAGUCUCCGCACAAGUGCCAAGUGUGUUCCAGAUCCUUCAAUCAACGUUCCAACUUAAAAACUCACUUGUUAACUCACACCGAUCACAAACCUUACGAGUGCAACAGUUGCGGCAAGGUUUUCAGAAGAAAUUGUGAUCUUAGAAGACAUGCUUUGACUCAUGCAGUUGGAGAUGUUCCACCUGAAGGAUUGGAAGGUGGUUUGGAAGGCGAUAGAGAUACUAUGUCACCAAGACCAAGAUCUCCAUCGCAAGAAUCAAGAGAUGAUGGUUCAAUAAGAGUUUGUUCACCUGCUCCUGAGAGAACCCAUUGUCAUGAACCAAGAUCUUCGGCUUCACCUUAUACAAUGAGACCUUCAAUGGACAAAUUGGAUUACAGACAGGAAAUGGAUGAUGACGAUGAUGAAGAUGAUCCGGAAAUUGAUCCUGGACAGGAGGAUUGUCCUGAAGUACUCAACGAAUUGGAUCAAGAGGUUCCGAUCCGUCCUUCGCCAUCACCACUGCCCCAGCUCCAAAUCAGAAGAGACCUCCUAGCAAAGCCCAGCACAAUCACAAGCAAAACCCUCGAGCCCACCUUCCUGGGCAGCUUCAGAAAACGCACCUUCGACCAAGACCGUCCCGGAUGCUCCGCAACCUUCAUGAAUUCCCCAAUGGCCUCACCAAGGCCCCGCACACCUUCCUACGCCCACUCGAGACCUCUGAGUCCUCCGAUGACUUUGCGGAUGAACAUCAUGAAUCAUCCGCCUUACGCUCAAAGCUUGAGCAUGCCUGCAGGAGUUUUGAAGCCACCUGAUGGUUUUCAGGGUAACGGGCAAGUGUCACCGAAUAGUACUCCGAGUGAUUUGAGCAUGAAAAAGGUGGAUAAUGUUCCGGUGCAAAGGGCUCCGCCUAAGAAGACUGGAUUUACUAUAGCGGAUAUUAUGGGACGAUAAGUUUGAUGUAAUUUGAGUGGUUUAAGCAUAUUCAGAGUAAUUUGAUUGAGCACGAUGCUUCAGUUCAACUUUGGAUUAAGGAGUAUUGUAUAUUUGCAUCAAUGACAAUAUUAUAAUGUAAAUCAAAUAUAAGUAAAUUUGUAAAUACCAAUAAUAAUUAUUCCCAGUGCAUUUGCUGAAAGACUUUAAAAAAAAUUAUCGAUUAAUUUUGAAUUAUUAUUAUGUUCCUCUUAUGUUUUAUGUUUGUAAAUUAUUUUUUUAUUAAAGGGACCUCUGCUCGCAAUGAUUUUUUGUAUAAAACUUUUACUUUUAGAUAUUAAUUUAAUAGCGCGUACCUACACAUUCCAAUAGACAAAUUUCUCUUGGCAUUGGGUACUUAAUAUGCUUUAAUUUAUGUUCUGCAAUACGUUAAAAUGCUAUAUACUUAAGUCGUUUACAUAAAUUAUAUUUUUAGUUGUUUGUACCCCCAGUGUGUGUGUAAUGGUUUGGAUAUAAAUGCCUGGACAUUUUCAAUUUCCAUAUGCUGAUGUGGUGAAUUUUUGUUUAGGUUUAUAUAUGGUUAGUUUAUGUUAGUUUUAUAGGAAAAAAAGCACAUUUUAUUUUCAAAAGAUCUCUGUUCAAUUUUUGGGUUAAUUAUUAUUAGUUUGUGAUUUUCUUUUGGAAUAAAUAAAAUUAUUUAAA